AUGCUUAGCUUUUGCUUCGUUCAACAGGGUCAAGCCUGGUUCUGGGACGCCUUCCCCGGCUUCGCUACCAGCUCUGUUUCCAAUGAUAGUGAGCGAGCGAAAGGCCGAGUGGCGACAGCAACACUCAAGAAAGGUUGUUGUAUUAGCCAAGUCCAGCGCACCACUAUCGGCGCAGGUACACAGCAACGAAGUUUAAAACUCGUCCGCGAUACCGUUUCGAGAAAAGCCAAUCUCCAGCACAGACUUUCGCGUGACACGCGUGGCAGGGAUGGUGUGGAUGAUUUUGACAUUAUCGUCUCACUAUUGGCUCUACAGCCUCUACUGUUUGACCUCACGUCUUGCAAGUGUCUCCAACCACAUGCUCACGUUGUGUUCAACUUGUGCGAAGGCGAAUCUACAAGUCGUGAGGGGUCCACGGUAGAGCUGACUGCCGUGUCUCGUGGCCAAUGGCAAACGCAGGUGCUAUGGCGACCGGGUUGGCUGGGUGCAGGAAUUGCAUGCAAACAGCAGCAGCAAUUCGUGAUACUCGACUACGUGCAGCCUGUGCCUGGGCCGUCAGUCCGCCAUCAGGAUGUUCCCAAAGCUUUGCAAGGCUCAUCUAGCCACGAACUUGCUCUCGAAGCCUGGCAAGAUUAUCAAAAAUGA